UAGCUAUCAGAAGUAUUUUGGGGGGGCUUUUAUCACUUCCCAAAUUUUCAACUGCUGCUACCAUGGCAACUCAUAGCAAUUUGAAGAAUGCCUUGAUUGCGUUUCUUGCUCCACUUCCCUCCUUACUUUUCUACCUAUCUUUCCUUCGCCAUUACCAUGAAGAUAAUCCACUCUACAAUUGGUGUUACCACCACCCUCUUCUGUUUGCUAAUGUCUUGUUUUUCUUCAAUGUCAAUAUCCUCUUCUAUGCCAUUGGUUAUCUCCAAUCUAGUCACUGGAUGAUAGAUUUGUACUGGACUGUGAUUCCAGUAAUGUUAGUGCAUUUCUAUGCAAAUCAUCCGUUGGCGCAGUAUAAUGUGUGGAGGUCUAAGGUGGUUAUACUUUUAACUUGGAUUUGGAGUAUAAGACUUACUCAUAACUACUUCCGUCGCGAGAACUGGCAAUGGGGACACAGGCAAGAUUGGAGAUUUACAGAUAUGAGCCACCAGUUUGGCAAGAACUGGUGGCGGAUCUCUUUCUUUGUUGUUUAUUUCUCUCAGCAGAUUUUUCUGAUCGGUAUAUGCCUGCCUAUGUAUGUUGUCCACUCUGAAGACAAGCCAUGGAAUAUCUGGGAUUUCAUUGCUGUAUUCAUCUGCUUGUCUGCCAUUAUAAUUGCUUAUUAUGCAGAUACCGAGCUCUACAAUUUUGUGAGCAGAAAUCAGAAACUAAAAGAGCUUGGCAAGCCAAUGGUUCCCAAUCUUGAUGAAGGCCUCUGGAGGUAUUCACGACAUCCAAACUAUUUUGGAGAGCAGUUAUGGUGGUGGGGACUCUUCCUAUUUGCCUGGAACUUGGGUGAGACUUGGACUUUUGUUGGUGCACUCGCUAAUAGCUUGUGUCUUGCACAUGUCACUGUGCUUGUUGAGAAUAGGAUGCUUAAGCAAGCCUACAGAGCUGAAGCAUACAAGCUCUACCAGAGGACAACAUCUGUGUGGAUACCAUGGUUCAAGUCAUCCACAAAAGGGAAAGAUAAGGAUACUUGAGUCUAUUUUCAAUCUCUUUGGUGUCUUCCUUUGUUAAAUGUCCACGAUAAGAUUUAGAGCUAUUGAAUAAGUAAUCUACUAAUGUGCGUUUUAAUUAUGUGUCUUGUACAAUUCAUUUGCUUGCAACUGUCCCGUGUCAUUCAUCCAAUAGCCUGAAAGCUUGCUAAGAAGAAACAAAAAUAUGAGGAUUGUUCUCCACCAGAAACAUGCAUAAUACAUGUAAGAAGGUAGGAAGAAAUCAGACCAACUGAAUCCAGAUAUCUCAACAUGUAUUAUAUGUUGAAGGGAAUUCGAAGAAUGGACAAAAGAAACAACCUAAUUACUUGCAUAUAUGUUUAAACUAUCAUCUCGGUACACUUGUAGUUUAGUCCAGCGUAGAACUGAGAAUUGUCCCCACUUCUUGCUCAUUGUACUUUCUGAUGUUGUUUCUCAAUCCAAGUCGUGUCUCUUCCUUCCUCCCAA